UCAGUAAUGAAUUCAACUGAUUUGGAAUGUAAUCUUUGGUUUGAUUAACACAUGACCACAAUUUGUUGAUAAAACUCUUGUUUAUUGGACCAAGGAAACGAAAAACUAGCUACACCCUACUAUUAACCCAGUGCACUGCAUUCAACUGCAUAAACCGCCAACGCAAACAAAAAAUCGAACCAAUUCACUGUACGAAGCGUGUAGGUGGGUAUGCAAGAUUAUGAUCGCACUAAUUUUGCGCUUUCCUGCAUAUGAUAGCAUAGCCAAUCGAACCGUUAAAAUCAUCGUUAAAUUAUGCGCUACGCCCUUGCGGACUUGCAUCAUGCAAACAAAAAACGAUAUUGGAAAACGGUGAUGGAUGAUCGGUCAGAACCUUUUUUUUGUGGCGACGAUUUGGUGAAACUUUUUUGUUUGUUCUAUUAUAAAAUACUGAUGGAAACGGUGAGCGGACAUCAGUUAAUCGGUUACCGUGGAGCUGUGAAUAGAGGUUUCACUGAAUUAAAAUGUUCAAAUUUGUUUUGGCGGGGUUUGCCUUGGUGGCGGUGGCCAGUGCCUUCGAGGAACAUGGAUUCGUUAGCGAAGUGAAGCAUAUCCCGUACAAGUGGUACGGUGGUAUGCAGGGAGGAAUCGGCGGUGGCAUGGGAGGAAUGGGUGGUGGAAUUGGCGGUGGAAUGGAAGGAGGAUGGAAGGAAGGUGGUGAGGACUACUACUCGUAUCCGAAGUACAAGUUCGAAUAUGGAGUGAAGGACAUCCACACCGGUGAUCACAAGAGCCAAUGGGAGAUGCGUGAUGGAGAUGUCGUCAAGGGUGAAUACACUCUGGAUGAAGCUGAUGGAUCGAAGCGUAUCGUUGAAUACUACGCUGACGGAAAGAACGGUUUUGAAGCCAAGGUCAAGAACAUCGGCGGAGGCGGUAUGGGAGGAGGAAUGGGAGGUGGCAUGGGAGGAGGAUUCGAAGGCGGCUACCACGGAAUGGGAUAUAGCUACAGCAAGCUGAAGAAGUACAAUUGAUGCGAUUAGAAUUUAUGUUGACUGACUGAAAUGUGAUACGCUAAUCUGAUACAAAUACACUAGUAUGCACCUAAUCGAAGUCAUGUUUUUUUAUUUGUUAGAGUAUUGAAAUGAUAACAUCUUAUAGUACAGAAUCAAAAAUAGGAAAUAUUUCCGACAUUUUCUGUGGAUGAACUAUUUAGAAACACAAAUGCAAAGCGAUUGUUAAAAACAAGGCUAAACAUUGGAAUUGCUUUUUGAUAGAAUACUAAGGCAACCAAAAAGGCGAGAGAAAAAAUGAAAAAGGGUAG